AACAACAACAACAACAACAACAACAUGAAGGCUUUCAUUGCUCUGUCAGCAAUUCUCGUAAUUGCCCACGCUUUUCCAGCCACCAACGUGGAGGUAACUCAAGAUACUGCAGGAAGCUACAAUGUUGUCGUCAAAUCCCCGAACUUGAACCAGGAAGAGCAACGCGACGCCUCAGGAUCAGUAAUCGGUUCCUACUCGUACCUCGAUGCCAACAACCAACAGAUCACCGUCAAAUACGUCUCCGGACCGGACGGUUUCAGGAUCUUGGAGGGACCGGUACCGGUUGCCCCCAGUGCUCCACAAGCCUUUGAGUUGGUUCCCCAACAGGUGCAAGAUACUCCUGAAGUCGAGGCUGCCAGGAGGGCGCAUUUUGACGCUUACAGGGAACAUGUAGCUCUCUUAGGCCAAUAAGUUAUUGAUUUGAAAUUUUAUUUAUUUUUUGUAUUAUCCUAAAUUAUUUAUUAAUAAA